AUGCCCCCAAUUACGACCUCAGAAACGCAAGAGCAGCAGCCCGCGAGCCCGUCGUCAGCGCCGAUGCUGAAAGAACGGCGUUUCAAGUUGAGCAGGGCGUGUGACCGGUGUCGUCGAAGAAGGAUCAAGUGCGAUGAGGGCCACCCAUGCCAGGCCUGUCUCACCGCCAACUCUCCCUGUACCUUUGAGGAACCAGGGAAGAGGACGCACCCACAUAAAUCAAAGCGAACGGCGACGUUGGAGGAUCGUAUGAACCAUCUAGAGAGUCUAAUCUCUGCGAUACCAGCAGCCGUUUUCGCGGCGGGUGGCCAAAUGGCUGCAGUCCAGGGCCAUUCUGCAUCUGAUAUCGCUUCAAGUCCACUGCUGCCUUUUAUGCAUCCCACGGGUCUACCAUCGGGGGUGCCUCCACCGUCGUUACAUGUAUUUCCGCUCAUGAAUCCGUCCACUCAUUUCACCCAAUCCAACAAUGAUUCGUCGCACAUCCGGAGAGAAUCCUUUGGCUCGCUCCUCAGCCAGCCGUACAACAUCACCCCGGACCAGCUCGCGGAGGAGACCUCGAAAAUGUCGUUGACGGCGUCGUACCUGUAUUUCGACGACGAAGGAUAUACGCGAUGGCAGGGAGAGACGUCAGGACUCCCCGUCCUUGACCUGCUGGUGGAACGACAUAGCACGCGAGAAAAGCAAGAUUCGAAGACGUAUACAGAUCCUUCUGCGGUGGAAUGGUUCCCUAACCGACAACCAAGGAGAACGGACGUGAAUCCUCAAACUCUGUGGCGUCUCAUAACAUCCUAUAUUGUCCCAGAUCUAAUGGACAGCCUUGUACAAUGCUACCUUUCUACAUCCUACUACAUCCUACCCUUCCUCCACGUUCCCACCUUCCUCGCCGACUACGGCAACCCACAAAAAUGGGCUGAACCUGGAUUUGCCGCCUUUAUCGUCUCAAUUUGCUGUCUCGCUUCUCGUCACAUGGACGAUCCUCGCGUUAGACCAGACCCAAACGAUGGCAUCAGUGCCGGUACACAAUGGUUCGAACUCCUAGGCCGCCUUCGCACUCUCCCCAUCGCCGAUCGACCUACACUUUACAACAUCCAAGCGAACCUAAUUGCUGCUGUUUAUGCAGUGGGUCUCGGCAAGCUUUCCAAGGCGGCUGCACUCCUCGCCGAAGCAGUCACCAUGUCCAUCGACGCUGGUCUCCACCGAUCCGCCGACAACUACGAUCUUUUUGACGCGAUUGAGGACGAGGUGCGCAAGCGUACCUUCUGGUGCGUCUACAUCUGGGACAAACAGCUGUCGGCCCACUUUGGACGGCCCAGUAUGUUGCGCCUGAGGGACUGUGACGUCUCCGAGCCGGCGCCUGUCGACGAUGAGUUCAUCACGCGGGAAGGGGUUGGGACUCCUCCUCCGGGAUCUUCGUGCAGAUUGAGCGCGUUCAUUGUUUCCGUACGGAUUAUGGUCGUCCUCGAAGCGGUCCUGGACGUUCCGCCAUCCCGCCAUUCCGACGAUUCGAAUUCUUUCUUACUCAAAGCCACCAAUAUUCUCUCUGGGGUGAGGAAAUUCAAGGCUAUGCGAGAAGAAGAAGCCCUGCUCGAUGAAAUCCAUCGCAACAUCCCGCCCUACUGGGCUCAUACCCCGGAAACCCUCGCCAGCGACGAUACCAUUCGGCUCACCCAAGCUGUACGGCUCCACUGCGCGGAGCAGUACGUGCGACUGUUCAUCUAUCGACAUCGCUUCUCCGAGAUGGUAGCUGAAAGAACAAGCGGUCCAACGGAAGAAGAGCAGACCGAGCAGGAGAGGGAAGCCCUGGUGGCCGCUCAUAAUGCCGCACUGCAGAUCAUUGGUUCUCACCUCCAUGUCGCAAAAAAGGGCUUAAUGACCUACUAUGGCGUUCAUGUGAUCCAUCAGUUGACUCAAGCUGGGCGGACGUUGGUCGCUGUUCUCCUUUGCUGCAAGUCGGAAGUCUUGCAACAUCUGAUCCCCCCUGGAUUGGACGCGCUCCGUUCCUGUAUCGGGCUAUUGCGACGAUUCAGCGGUCGCUAUGUCUGUGGCCUCCGCUCGGGCGAUCUCAUGGAAGAAUUCUGCAGACUCACCAAUAUCCCUCUCGAAACGAAUCGUCAGGAAGGUCCUUCAAACUCCGCAAGACCACCGUGGAUUCGUCCAGUCCGCAAAAAGACCCCAUCUGUUGCUCGCUCCAACCACAGUGGGGAUUCGCCCUCGCAGCACAGUAGUCCAGAGGCGUUCUCAUCCGCCGACUUUUUCGCGGAGCCCAAGGCAGGGGCGACACCGUCGUUUGCCUCAGUACCUACACCUACGGCAUCAUCAUCUUCCUCUGGUCAAUAUCCGAACGGAGGAGCUUCAUCCAGUCAGUCAGGAAGCGCCGGUGGCGUACCACCAGCCGCGGGACCGUCCACAUUCAAUAUGGACACCAGUGGAGGGAUGAGAAUGGAUAUGAUAAGGGAAGACACGCAAAUGUACAUGUCUCCAGGGGAUAUGAUGGCGUUUUUCAAUGACGGGGGCGUGGAUGUGAACCACCUAUUCUCGGCCGACGCUUUCCUUCAGCAGUCUCCACAAUCGCAUCAUACUCCUCAGGGCGCCCAGGUUUCGCCACAGACGACGGGAUCUAUAGGUCAGCCUCAACAGCCACCUCCUCCCGGCGGUGGGACCCAACCUGCACGUCUCCUUGCAUUCUUCAAUCCAUCCGCCUCAAUGAUGAUUUCUCCGUCUCGACUGUGUUGCUUUGUUGGGUUCCGCUUUAGGUUUAUCGUCGAAUUCCACCCGGCUAUUCCAUCAAUAUUCGCUUUGCCCGUCUUGCUAUCGUCUUUGUUACCGUAUCCUACUGCUACUAUUCUUUCUCGGGCUUUCCGACCGACAUCCGCAUGGGGGGAUUGGGCAUGGGGUUUUUACAUUGGGUCUUUUGAAGCGCUUGAUUCGCGGUGCUCCCGUGCGACUCUUCAGUCACUUCUCCGUGGACGUCGAAACUAA